AGGAAGCGGCCGGCAGGAGCCCGAGGGGGCGGUUGUGUCCGGCCCGGACGCCGGCUGUCGCUGAACCGAGCCAGCCCGGCCCACCCGGUGGCCUCUCCUCGCGCUUCCGGGAGCCGUCGCGAGCGAGUGCGCCUGCGCGCCAGCCCAGCCUCGCGCCUCGCUGCUGUCUUCGCGCCGGCCGGCGGCCCGACGGUUCCUGCUGUGCUUCCCGCCCGGAGUCUCGGCUCCGUAGCGCACCGACGGGCGGCAUGUCGCGGCGGCGGCACAGCGACGAGAAUGAUGGUGGACAGCCUCACAAAAGGAGAAAGACCUCUGAUGCAAAUGAAACUGAAGAUCAUUUGGAAUCUUUAAUAUGCAAAGUAGGAGAAAAGAGUGCCUGCUCUUUGGAAAGCAACCUAGAAGGCUUGGCGGGUGUUUUAGAAGCCGAUCUCCCUAACUACAAGAGCAAGAUCUUAAGGCUUCUUUGUACAGUUGCACGUCUGUUACCUGAGAAGUUGACAAUUUAUACAACAUUAGUUGGACUGCUGAAUGCCAGGAAUUACAACUUUGGUGGAGAAUUUGUAGAAGCCAUGAUUCGUCAACUUAAAGAAUCACUGAAAGCAAACAAUUAUAAUGAAGCUGUAUAUUUGGUUCGGUUUUUAUCUGAUCUUGUGAAUUGUCACGUGAUUGCUGCCCCAUCGAUGGUUGCUAUGUUUGAAAAUUUUGUGAGUGUAACUCAGGAGGAAGAUGUGCCUCAGGUGCGAAGGGAUUGGUAUGUGUUUGCAUUUCUGUCGUCUUUGCCCUGGGUUGGAAAGGAGUUGUACGAAAAGAAAGAUGCAGAGAUGGACCGCAUCUUUGCCAACACUGAAAGCUAUCUUAAAAGACGCCAGAAGACUCAUGUGCCCAUGUUACAAGUAUGGACUGCUGAUAAACCACAUCCACAAGAAGAGUAUUUAGAUUGCCUGUGGGCCCAGAUUCAAAAAUUGAAAAAGGAUCGCUGGCAGGAACGGCACAUCCUAAGACCUUAUCUUGCCUUUGACAGCAUCCUGUGUGAAGCUCUACAGCACAAUCUGCCCCCUUUUACACCACCUCCUCACACUGAAGACUCAGCAUACCCAAUGCCAAGGGUCAUCUUCAGAAUGUUUGAUUACACAGAUGAUCCUGAGGGUCCUGUUAUGCCAGGGAGUCAUUCAGUGGAAAGAUUUGUAAUAGAAGAGAAUCUUCACUGCAUCAUUAAGUCCCACUGGAAGGAAAGGAAGACUUGUGCUGCACAGCUAGUGAGCUAUCCAGGGAAGAACAAGAUCCCCUUGAACUACCACAUAGUUGAGGUAAUCUUUGCAGAGCUGUUUCAACUUCCAGCACCCCCUCACAUUGAUGUGAUGUACACAACACUUCUCAUUGAACUGUGCAAGCUGCAACCUGGCUCUCUACCCCAAGUUCUGGCACAGGCAACUGAAAUGUUAUACAUGCGUUUGGACACAAUGAAUACUACAUGCGUAGACAGGUUUAUUAAUUGGUUUUCUCAUCAUCUAAGUAACUUCCAGUUCCGUUGGAGCUGGGAAGAUUGGUCAGAUUGUCUUACUCAAGACCCUGAGAGUCCCAAACCAAAGUUUGUAAGAGAAGUUCUGGAAAAAUGUAUGAGGUUGUCUUACCAUCAGCGUAUAUUAGAUAUUGUUCCUCCUACCUUCUCAGCUCUAUGUCCUGCAAACCCAACCUGCAUUUACAAGUAUGGAGAUGAAAGUAGCAAUUCUCUUCCUGGACAUUCUGUCGCCCUCUGUUUAGCUGUUGCUUUUAAAAGUAAGGCAACCAAUGAUGAAAUCUUCAGCAUUCUGAAAGAUGUACCAAAUCCUAACCAGGAUGAUGAUGAUGAUGAAGGAUUCAGUUUUAACCCGUUGAAAAUAGAGGUCUUUGUACAGACUCUGUUACACUUGGCAGCCAAAUCGUUCAGCCAUUCCUUCAGUGCUCUUGCAAAGUUUCAUGAAGUUUUCAAAACCCUAGCUGAAAGUGAUGAGGGAAAGUUACAUGUGCUAAGAGUUAUGUUUGAAGUUUGGAGGAACCACCCACAGAUGAUUGCUGUACUAGUGGAUAAAAUGAUUCGCACACAGAUCGUUGACUGUGCUGCAGUGGCAAACUGGAUCUUCUCUUCAGAACUAUCUCGUGACUUUACUAGAUUGUUUGUUUGGGAAAUCUUGCACUCUACAAUUCGUAAGAUGAACAAACAUGUUCUGAAGAUCCAGAAAGAGUUAGAAGAAGCUAAAGAAAAACUCGCAAGGCAACACAAACGGCGAAGUGAUGAUGAUGACAGAAGCAGUGACAGAAAAGAUGGGGCUCUUGAGGAGCAAAUAGAAAGACUGCAGGAAAAGGUGGAAUCUGCGCAGAGUGAACAAAAGAACCUCUUCCUCGUCAUAUUUCAGCGUUUUAUCAUGAUCUUGACUGAGCACUUAGUACGAUGUGAAACUGAUGGGACCAGUGUGUUAACACCAUGGUAUAAGAACUGUAUAGAGAGACUCCAGCAGAUAUUCCUACAGCAUCACCAGAUAAUCCAGCAGUACAUGGUGACCCUGGAAAACCUUCUCUUCACAGCUGAAUUAGACCCUCAUAUCCUGGCCGUGUUCCAGCAAUUCUGUGCCCUGCAGGCCUAAGGGUCAUUUUUUCCCCUCGUGUCAAGUUUUUUUUAAGUAUCUUAAAAUAAUUUGUCUUAUUUUUGAUGGUUUGUGUGCUUGCUUUCUGUAGUAUCCUUUCACUUCUUAAAGGAAACAAAUGGGGCGGGAACAGUGAAGAAUAUGACAUUACCUUUAAUUGUUCCUAAAAAGCAAAUAUUUCCUAAAGACAGUAAUGUGACAGUGACCAUAAUGUAUUAUGUAUGUGACAGAUUCAACUUUUCUGUGAUCAGUUUGAUAUUUUUUCUUCUUAAUGCACAAAAUAACUGAUUUGAGGUUUGUGAAACACUAGAGGUCAGUCUUACAAAGUGUAGUAUAUAGAACUAAUGGGUUUAUACCAAGUAGCAUAGCUUUUCACAGCUCAUGGGUAACCUAACAUGGCUGAAAUAAAGCUAAAAAUAUGUUUUUUAAACUUUGGUAUUUCAUGAUUUAUCAUGUCAGUCUACUUUAAAAUUGGUGGUUUCUUACUGAACAUAUACUCCAUUUGAAAUUUUUUCUUCAGAAUAUUUUUCUUAAGUAUCUUAAGACACUCACUACCUGUUAGUUUGAGGGUACUUCAGAAAGUUCAUAGAAAAAUUGAAUUAAAAGAUAAUAUUUUUCCAUGAACUUUUUGACGUACCCACAUAUAUAAGUGUUACUGUUUAGCGCAGCAGUUCCCAAAUUUGAAUUAAAAAAAUUUAAACCACAAUCUCAGGAUGGAACACAGGCAUUGUCAGUAGUUCUUAAAGCUCCCCAGGCAAUUCUAGGUUUGGGAACUAUUAUCUUAGAGCAUCUGGUCACAUCCCGUAGCAGAGAGGGAUUUGUCCAAGGACAGACAGUGAGUCACAUACUAAAGUAGAACUAGAAGUAGCUUGAAUGGAUAAAACUGUACUUGGAAUUAGAUGUGGGUUUAGAUUUUGUUUCUGUGGAACCUGGUCCAAAUAACUGCUAAUUCCUGAGACCGUUUCCUAUAUGUUGUUGAGGCUUAAGUAAGAUGAGAGCAUUUUGUAAAAUAAUACAAGUAUAAGGAAUUAUCUGACAUUUCAAAUUUCUUGGAUUU